AGGCGGCGCUCUGCGGCCGGGCUGUGCGGGGCUCCGGGGCGGCGCGCUCCGCUCUUCCUCCUCCUCCUUCUCCUCAUCCUCCUCCUCCGCGGCGGCGGCGGCGCCGGGCAGAUGCGGCGGAUCGCGGGGCGGCUGUGGCCCGCAGCGGGCUCCCGUCCCCCCGCCGCCCCCAUGGACGGCAGCGGGGGCAGCAGCAGCAGCAGCCGCGCGUAGCUCGUGUCUGCAAACCUUGGGACACCAAAGUGUCUUGCAAAGGAGGUGGAGAAGUAUAACCAGGAUUCCUUGUGGCGUCUUAACUUCCCUUGGAUUUCUUACAGCCUCACCCAGCAUUCUAAUUCCAUCCCUCGCGGCAGGUGAAGGAAGGCAUGCCCCAAACACUGAGUUCCACCAGUAUGUUUACCCCAUGUGGCUUCAGCCCUCAUCUACAUACUUCAAAAGAAGGUGAACAAGGAGGACUGAUCUUCCAGGAUGGAAACCUUACCUCAGCAUCUCUGGAUGCUCUAAUCCAGCAUCUGAUACCUACCACUGAUUACUACCCUGAAAAAGCCUAUAUCUUUACAUUCCUGCUGAGUUCCAGACUCUUCAUUGAGCCCCAUGAGCUUUUGUCCCGAGUGUGUCACAAGUGCAUCGAGCAGCAGCGGCUGGAUGACCCCGUGCUGGACAAGUCUUCCCAGGUGACUUGCCUUCUUAACUUCUUUAAGGCUCUGGGGAAGCCUGCAGGAUGCAAGGAGGCUCGAAUCAGAAAAUUUGGACCCAAAAUCUUACAGUUGCUGACAGAGUGGACAGAGACAUUCCCGUAUGACUUUCAGGAAGAGCGGAUGAUUGGCCAUCUCAAAGACAUGAUUCACAGGAUAGCCCCAUGUGAUGAGGCUUACUGGAAAAAGAUGAAUCAGCUUUUGCAAGCACUGAAUCAGAAGCUUGCAACCCUCAGCCAUGGGCAAGAAGGGAUUGUCAAGAUCAGUAGUGCUGUCUCUGAUAAGCUGGUUGCCUUCAAAACUAAACCUCCAUCAAUUCAGAGAGAAAUCCUGAGCGUCUGCAGUGACCCUUACACCCUGGCUCAGCAGCUGACCCAUGUGGAGCUGGAAAGACUAAGUCACAUUGGACCUGAGGAGUUUGUGCAGGCAUUUGUACAUAAGGACCCUCUGGAUGGCACCAAGACUUGUUUCAGUGAACAGAAGAAGACAAGUAACCUUGAGGCCUAUGUGAAAUGGUUCAACAGACUCUGCUAUCUCGUAGCAACAGAGAUUUGCAUGCCUGCAAAAAAGAAACAGCGAGCACAAGUCAUUGAAUUCUUCAUCGACGUUGCCCGAGAGUGCUUUAACAUAGGGAAUUUUAACUCACUGAUGGCAAUCAUUUCUGGAAUGAAUAUGAGUCCAGUUUCCAGGCUAAAGAAGACUUGGUCAAAAGUGAAAACAGCCAAAUUUUUCAUUCUGGAGCACCAGAUGGACCCUACUGGCAACUUCUACAACUACCGGACAGCGCUGCGGGGGGCUGCCCACAGGUCCCUCACCGCACACAGCAACAGGGAGAAGAUUGUGAUCCCCUUCUUCAGCCUAUUGAUCAAAGACAUUUAUUUUUUGAAUGAGGGAUGUGCUAAUCGCCUUCCAAAUGGACACGUCAACUUUGAAAAAUUCCUGGAACUGGCUAAGCAAGUAGGAGAGUUUAUAACAUGGAAACAAGUGGAGUGUCCAUUUGAGCAAGACCCUAACAUCAUCCACUACUUGCACACUGCUCCCAUUUUUACUGAAGAUGGUUUGUAUCUGGCUUCCUAUGAAAGUGAAAGUCCGGAAAACCAGACAGAAAAAGACAGAUGGAAAUCCUUAAGAUCCACUAUCUUAGGAAAGACUUGAAGAUUGAGAGAUUAUUGCAGUAGGUCAAGGAAAAGAAAUCCGCAAACAUUUUGCACUACUGAUUCCAAAGAUGCCUGUUUGGGAUUUAGACAAUUUCUUUUGUUUGAGUUUUUUUGUUGGGUUUUUUUGACUGCCUGACAUGAUGGAUGAACUGGAUUCAUCCACUGAAAUCAACAGAACUGUGUGCACAAUGAUGCUUUUCUAACUAUGAGACAGAGAGAGGAAGGACAAACAGAUUAUUUGUGGCUGUGCCCAAACUGCAUCAGGAUCACUGUAAUUUUGCCUCUGAAGGAAAAUGCAAGAAAACCAGGAGCAGGGAGAAUCAUGGUACUGCAACAGAGAAUGGAAAAGUAUAAAAAAGGAAAGCAAAAAUACACAAGAGUAUUUCAGAAGCAGGUGCUUCAGACAGCAGUUCUUUAAACCUUUGAGGAUUGUAAAAUUAAAUCAAAGACAGACAACAGCAAUCUGGUUAAUUGCUGAAUGAAGAAAAAAGAACUUAAGCUUGCAUCAGCAGUCCCCCAGCCUUGUUGAACAAAGCACUGACUGCUGCAGGUUGGAGCUUGCAGGAAUGAGGACUGACACCGCUCACAUACGUCUGUCACAUAUAGGCCACGUCAGCAUGGGAACGUUGUCCUGGCCCCUGACAUGGAUUUUUAAAAAUCCUGACCAUGGAUUUUUACAGAACAGCCUGGAGUGUGACUCCUGCUUAGUUAAUCUUCCCACCACUGUUGUUGCUUUCCUUGCUGUGAAUCUGGGCCGGUCUAAGGAGGGCACAGAGGGUUGAUGGUGCUGCUUGAAGACACCCCCACCACUUCUGAGGUUGAAUGAAGAAGCAAAUGACUCUGGACUCAGUUUACCUCUAUUUAAUGUAUGUAGUGUAUUCCCUAAACUUAUUGAUGCCGAGUUGCAUCUUUUAAGGGGUUUUCUCACACUCAAAGAAAAAAGGUACUGCAUUACCAUUUCUAUCGGGUUCCAAUUAACACAGUACUGUUUAUUUUGUAACAUGAUACUUAGGAGGAUGGGGGUUAAUUGCUCUGAACUUGGGAACUACAUGGUAUGCUUUAAGAAGACAAAGGGUUUCAGACUGGAAUGAAUGCACUAAAGAAUUUGUCAUUCAUGAGCAGAUAACCAUUUUUGUCUUUUUUACUUUUAGGAUGUAAAGUUCACAGUUUCCUUACCGAUAACAUGAAAUAGGGACAAUGUCUUGUGUUUAAAGCUGUACAAUAAUCAAGGUGCUACUGUAAUAGAUAUUAAAUUAUAAUGAACUAUAUUAGAUUCAAAACUAAGCCCUAACAGUAGACUUAUUGUUUGUGUGUGGAAGGAAUGUUCCUAACUGCCCCAGAAAAUAUCUCAAAAAGCUUAAAUGAAACCUAAAUGCCACAUAAUAAUGAACUUUGCAUUUUUAUUACUGACUUGGUGCUACCUUUCCAGAUGUUCCAGUCCUUCUCUCCCUACAACACAAGGACGUAACCCUUUCUUUGAAAUCAGUAAUAAUUUUAUUUCAGCACAGAGUGAUUCCAAGUGGCUGUGGUGUUUUAAAAAUUUGGGUAAUCACAAAACCUGGCUGUGUUGGCCUAUUCAGCCAGAAAACUGGAACUGUUCCUGCCCUCUGCCAGGCCUCAACGUUGUCCAUGCCUGAGUGAGCUGUUGACCUGGGGGCAUGGGCAGGCUGGUGUUUUAGGGCAGCAGCCUGGGAAUGCUCUGUGUGGUGCACACCAUGUUUGAUGUGUCUGCAGAGCAGUUCUGUGUUGGGUUACGGCCUGUGGGAGCCCAGUCUGGCUCACUGAAUCCACGUGUGCUUGCUGAGCUGAGCAGGACGGAUUCUUCUGGAUCUGCACACAGGGCUUGAGGCAGAACUUCAGGUCUCCUUUUCCUGUAGAUCUAUCAGCACAUGAAUUCAGAUUGGGGGACAUAAAACUCUAAUGUGUUUAUUCAAGCUUUGUGUGGAAGAACUAAGUGCAAGGGUGGCGCAGCAUCAUUGCAGCCACGGAAUGAUGACUGUUCUGCUGAUACUGUGAUUCUGCUUUUGUUAAUUUUUGUACAUGAGCUGAGAGCUAUACAGAGAAACUAUACACAUAUAGCUGUUCCUUCAGGCAGAACCAUUUCCAAAAUGAGGCCAUUAAAAGCCUGUUAAAUUUCAGAUGAAUCCAGAGCAAUAACCAUAAAUGUAUCUACAACAAUGCUAAUGUUUAAAUGUGUUUCCUAAGUAGUAAUUUUUUUCGUACUAUCUGCAUAUUUUUAACAGGCACAGUGUGACUGCACAGUGGAAAUAAGGGGGUUUUGCUAACCUGAAACCCAGUGCAGGUGGAUAGGCCCUUUCUUAAAACCUGCUUUUUAAAAUUGAAAUCCUCACUCCCUUUCUGAUGAGCCACUAGAGGUUGGCACAGAUGAGAUUAUAAAACCAUGACAAAUUAAUUAAAAUAUGAUUUCUCAUUAUAAUUCCUUAUAUUUUGGGGUACCUUCCAUGAAUUUGGGCAAUUUUGUGAGUACAAGUUAAAUUAGAUCUCCUAAAGUUUAUCACUGUUGCAAACGAAACCACUUUUGUAGUCCAAAACUCUCAGACCUCAGUGCUCAAAAUGGAAGCAUAAAGGUCAGAUCUAGGUGGUGAUUAAGGGCUUAGUGGGACAGUCAGAAGCACUAAAUUAUUCUUAAGCCUUUAUGUAGUCACACAUUUAAAAGGUCUUUUUUCAGAGGUGCUAAACAUCCUCAUCUCUUGGGGAGUAGUGAAGCAAUUAUUACUUUAUAGAGGUGCAUGGCACAUUAAUCUGUAGUGUUUGAUCUCCAGAGACAUUCACUGCUCUUUACAAAAUGACUUGGAGAUGAGAUGCAAAACAACUUAAAAUGAGAAGACAGUGCUUUUUAAAAAUGGACUGCAGGAGACCUAGCUUGUCUUCACAGAAUUUUGUAGCUGAAUCCUGUUUAAACAGAAACAAUGUAAGCCUUAAGUUGCAGCUGUCAGUUGCAUUUCUAAUCGAUCUGUAGCCUAACCAGGGUGAACAGCUCCUGGCCGGAGGGGGGUUAGAGCCUUACUUCACCAACAAGCACCAGUACAACUGAAAACAAAGAAUGACAACUUGGGCAAUAAAUUUCUUCUAGAAUGUAUUAAUAUUACAUGAAAAUGAGAGCAUAUACGUGUCCAAUGACCUAUUUUUCUUGCUAUAAAGGCAUAAAGAACUCCUGCCAUGAUGAAAAGAAAGGAUCACUUCCCACCAAGCCCUAAACCACUCUUAAGGUGUGCAGUCAUUAGACCAACAUCUAGACAAGUUACUUGUAGUAAUGUUGUGGCUUUCUAAUGCUGCUUCUUUGAGUGGAUUCACUCCCUGGCAGCUGCUUGAACUAAUGCUACACAGAGAGCAGAGCAAAGCUGGACCUGUAGGUCUGCACUGUUGGUAUCAAACCCCUAAGCUGGUAAGAUGUGAAUAUGACACAGUCUUGCAGAAGCAUUAACUUAGGUUCUGGUAUACAACAGUAUUUUUAAAGACCCAAAUACAUGAAAUCACUUCUGCACCUCCUCCAGUGUAAUCAGAAUGAUAGCAAAAGUCCCAUUUUUCCAUGUCUUGAGUGUGCCAUCCUGCAAUGCAGAGAUAGGUAUAAAGCUCAGAAGAAAGCAAGGAGGGAAUUGUGUGCCUUCAGCUUUUGUGAAGUCAGUAGAUGAACUUGCUCAAUGCCUUUCAGAAGACACUUAAUUGUACAGUGUUGCCCUCAAUUUCACACCCACAUUGAUCACAUUACUAAAUUAAAGGUGCAUGGAUGUAGGGCAGCUGGGCACAACUAAAUUUUCAGGGCAAAAACUCGAAAUGAGUCAAGCACUCAAGCAUUCUGUGCACCAGAGUACCCUGAUUAGACUAUCAUUAUUCCCCCUCCUAGGCAGUGAACACAAUCCUGUUGUACAUCUCUGGAAGCUCCCCAUGUGGAUAGAGCAAACUGUGAUCUCAGCUUCUGCUGAGGUGUUACUUUAAAAAAGUGUGGACAGCUGCUAAAGCACUUCAAAUAAGAAACAAUUUAAAUGUAGAGAUGUUUUUCUGAGCUCAAGAACAUUUUAUGAUGUGGUCAGUGGUGAUAAGAUAAUCACUCACUUAAAAUUAAGCCUGUCCCUUCCUGAUAUCUUGGUUAUUUCAUCAUGUUUUAUUGCAAUAGUAUAAUGCACCUUUUUUUAAAGCACGUGAGCACUGGUUUGCACAUGACUGUAAAUCCAGUUUAGAAUGGAGCUCAGAUCACUGAAUAUGUAAUUGGAAUUAUCAACCAAAAAGAGAUGUUAGUAAAAAAAAUAGUUAUGCAUAUCAGUGUAAAAAUGUUACACAGUUAACAGUCUCUGGCCUAGCACUGACUGUGUUCCAUGGAAUGAGACUGAUUCCAAGCAUAGCAAUGUGCCAGAGGAAAAACUCCAAUUAAUUUUGAUGGGCUUUGGAGCAGUCCUGCAAUUAUUAACUGUAGUACAAUUUUUAGUUAUUCAUAGGUAUUAAACUGUACUGCCAGCUGGUGUAGUCUCUGUGCCAGGUGCAACUCUCAGAUGGGAGAUGCACUUAAUAGGGUGAAAGUCCAGCCUUAGCAAAAGUUUUCUUUGACAUUGUUGAAAUUUCAGCAGCAAAUUCAAGGACUAAAUCUGAUCCAAUGAAUUAAUUCAUGUCUGAGAGCAAAAUUUGACUUUCUGGCUUUAAGAACCUUUUGCUCUUUUUAUACUGGUAGAAAUUAGCCAUUCUGUCUCAAAUUACUCUCUCACUGGAAAUUAAACCCCCUUUGAUUGUGAACUGAUUAUUUCCAUUGUUGUAGUUGCAGAGUGGGGUUAGGAAGUGACAAGGAAACAAGGAAAAGCCCCUUUGUUACUGCUCAGACUCAACUGUGGGCCAGAGCUGUCCUUUCUUUCGUUCUUUCUAACAUCACCUGCGAAGUGGAAUUCCCUCUGUAGGUGGUGCAGGGCAUUCCUGAAGUGUGGGUACCCAGCUCUCGGGAUGGCAGCACAGGCACCAGGGGAUG